AUGUUCACCCCAGCCGCAAAACGAAGAAGGGUAGAUGUUGCCAACGAGACGCUUCGGAAACCCUUCAAGUCACCCAUGGUGCGGGACCGGGAGGCGGGACCCGACACCGCCGCCGAGGAUGGUGCAGCACCAUCUCCGCCACCGAAGCCGAACUGGGAGACCCGUGCGGACUCGGACUCGGGUGCAGGUCCGGGUAGCACAACGGCCGCGUCGGUGGCCACGAGGCCGCGACCAGUUGGGCUUCAGGCCGUGACGCCGGCGAAGCAGAUGGGCGCACCCUCGCGCCGGCCGUUCAGCGUGCCACGGCCACAAUUACAUCCGGGGGCGUCUCCUUCGUCAACAAGGGGGGUUCCUCACGGAACUGGGUCGGUCGCGAAGUGCGGAGCUUCGAUGCCGGGCAGUAGUAAGGUCACGAGGGAGGCCGAGGGCAGAGAGGAGAUCAUCCGGCAGGCUGGGCGGAUCCGCGGCGCGGGCGAGGGCGAGACUGACGAGGAGCUUGUGGGGUUGAUUGAGAAGUGGAGGGCGGCAGGCCGGAUCGCGGCGGAGGAAGUGUUUGAAGGGUCUCGGGAGAGGGUGGAAAGGAUGGGCGGAUUGAAGGGUAUGAGGAAAGCUCAGAGGGAAGACGGGGUCCGAUUCGCGAAGAGGAUGCUUGAGGAAGAGAAGCAUGACGAGGAAAGGCGCCGUGGGAGAGUUGAUGUGGAUGGGGAUGUUGAGGAGGAAGGGGAGAGGGAGCAGUCGCCUCGGGAGUUGAGAGUUAAUGAUGAUGGAAGUGAGGUGUGUGAAGAUGAUGAGGAGGUCGAGGAGUUUACCAUGGGCACAAUGCUCAGGAGCAUGAACAUCAACUUUGACAUCAUUGGAUACGAUGAGGAGGCCGGAUGGUGGAGAGACGGGUGAGCUACGAAUGGCCUCCCGCUCGUCGUCGGUCGUCGACUCCCACACGAAUAUGACGAGCCCGCCACUGCGUACGCUAACACGUAUUGCGAGAACCCCAUACGGCUUUCGAAGUCUGAGCGACUCGAAGGGUUUCGGCCACUCAGCUCGGGCCUCUCGGAAGAUAAAAUAGAACGAAAAGGGCAACGACUGCAUGUCUUCUUGCGCACAUCAUCACUAUCAACAUCAUCCCACGAACGCAUGCACCCCCCCAUCUCUUCCAGUCAAUUGCCUGAGUUUCUUCAUAUUUGCGGACGACCAUCGAAUCUCGGAUCCGGAGCCGAGCUAGCGGCUGAGUUAUCCAAGCAUAUACCCAAGGGCGCACCCGCACAUGCAGACAGGAGCGCCAGCCCUACGUAAGGAAGGUGAGAGGCGGGCUAAACUCUAUAUUUGGGUUGUUUUUGCCGGCAAGCUUAUCGAGUUCUUUUGUCUGAUAUGGACGAAAGAAGUUGGGU